AUGAAUUACUUCCCCGACGAAGUAAUCGAGCACAUUUUCGACUUCAUACCAUCUCACAGAGACAGAAACUCAAUCUCUCUCGUCAACAAAUCAUGGCACAAGAUCGAGAGAUAUAGCAGACAUCAAGUAUUUAUCGGAAACUGCUACGCAAUCAGCCCCGAGAGACUAAUCAGAAGAUUCCCCUGUCUCAGAUCUUUAACUCUCAAGGGAAAGCCUCACUUCGCUGACUUCAACUUAGUUCCUCAUGAAUGGGGAGGCUUCCUCCACCCUUGGAUCGAUGCUUUAGCUAAGGCACGUGUAAAUCUCGAGGAGCUUAGGUUGAAGAGGAUGGUUGUCUCUGACGAAAGCCUCGAGCUUCUUUCACGUUCCUUUGUGAAUUUCAAGUCUUUGGUUCUUGUUAGCUGUGAUGGGUUUACUACUGAUGGCUUAGCCUCCGUUGCUGCUAAUUGCAGGAAUCUUCGUGAGCUGGACUUGCAAGAGAAUGAGAUAGAUGAUCACAGAGGUCAAUGGCUAAACUGUUUUCCAGACAGCUGUACAACUCUUGUCUCGUUGAACUUCGCUUGUCUUAGAGGAGAAACUAAUCUCUCUGCGUUGGAGAGACUUGUUGCAAGGUCACCGAAUCUGAAGAGCUUGAAGGUGAACCGUGCAGUGCCUCUUGAUGCAUUGACGAGGCUAAUGAGCUGUGCGCCGCAGUUAGUUGAGUUAGGAGUAGGGUGUUAUGAGAAUGAGCCAGAAGCAGAGUCUUUUGAGAAGCUUAUGGCUGCUAUAAAGAAAUGCACUUUGUUGAGGAGCUUGUCUGGCUUCUCAGACGUUGCUCCGGUUUGUCUCACGGCGUUUUAUCCGAUUUGUGAAAGCCUUACCUACUUGAAUCUCAGCUAUGCUGCUGAGUUACAAGGCAACCAUCUUAUAGAGUUUGUUCAGUUUUGUAAGAGACUUCAACGGUUAUGGAUAUUGGAUAGUAUUGGAGACAAAGGACUUGAGGUUGUUGCUUCUUCAUGUAAAGAGUUACAAGAGCUGAGAGUGUUCCCUUCUGAUUUACACGAUGAAGAAGACAACAACACAGCUGUAACUGAGAUUGGACUGGUCGCAAUCUCAGCUGGUUGUCCUAAACUUCAUUCCAUUCUCUACUUCUGCAAACAAAUGACAAACGAAGCGCUCAUCACCGUGGCGAAAAACUGUCCAAACUUCAUCCGGUUCAGGCUAUGCAUCCUAGAGCCAAACAAACCAGACCACAUCACAUCUCAAUCACUAGACGAAGGCUUUGGUGCAAUAGUACAAGCUUGCAAAGACUUAAGAAGACUCUCUGUCUCCGGUCUCUUAACAGACAAAGUCUUCCUCUACAUAGGCAUGUACGCAGAGCAGCUAGAGAUGCUUUCAAUAGCCUUUGCAGGGGAUACAGAUAAAGGAAUGUUGUAUGUGUUGACUGGGUGUAAAAAGCUGAGGAAGCUGGAGAUAAGAGACAGUCCGUUUGGGAACGCUGCGCUUCUUGCUGAUGUUGGUAAGUACGAAACAAUGCGAUCCCUUUGGAUGUCGUCUUGUGAAGUAACGCUUGGUGGAUGUAAGAGGCUUGCAAGGAAUGCGCCGUGGCUUAAUGUGGAGAUUAUUAAUGAGAAUGAGAAUGGGAGGAUGGAGAGGAAUGAAGAAGAUGAAAGAGAGAAGGUUGAUAGACUUUAUCUUUACAGAACUGUGGUUGGGACUAGAAAAGAUGCACCACCAUGUGUCACGAUUCUUUAG